AUGGAGAGGAAGAACAAGGACUUCUGGUCCUUUGGCCGCAAUGGCGACGACAGCGAUAAAUCGUCUGACAGCGAGACUCACUUUUCCACCAGAUCCUCGAGCAGCUCCAGCGACUCCAGCAGCGACAGUUGCGUCGAAGUGAAGCCGUCUAGCGAAAUGGAGAGCCUCUGCGUCCCAGGCGGCAGCUAUGAUAUUAUAACCAAGAGCAACCUGCAGCAAUUUGUGCAGAAAAUCGACGGAAAUUCCUCGCUGGACGAUCAGGGCUGCGAUAUGAUGGCCAAAAUAGCCGAUGCCUUCGCUAAUGACGUCUCCAUGCGCAUGGUCAAGUUGGCCAAGUACCGAAAGAGCCGUGUAGGCCUGCUAGACCUGAAGUUCGUCCUCAAGCGCGAAUACAACAUGGAGUUUCCCAACAAAUAAAUGGAAAAAUAAGUAAAAAAAAAAAUAUUUUACCAAUCCCCCAAAAAUGUCUGCCUUUUGAUUAAUUAAAAAUGAUUAAAGACUUUCAUAUAAAUAAACAAUUCUU